GGUCCGCCUCCCCCGCCAUGUUUUCAGGUCGAUUUAGGAACGAAAGGAGGAAACGUGCAGCUUUAGGGUGAAGAAAGGCUGAUGUAGUGAGACUUCUGUUUACUACGUCUGGAUUUCCAACCCUGUGGAUUUUGUGAAACGUUGCUCGAAGUUCAUCGUCGGAAAAUACGACAAGAGAAGUGCCUAGUUGAACUGAUUUGGGUGUUCAGUCAGGACAAGAGCCGCGAUCCAUGUUUCGUGAACAUUGGAACCCAAUAGUUUUUAUUGAAGAUCACAAACAGCUCAUCAUUGAACAUGGAAUCAGCUGGAUUGUGAACAAUCACAACAGAAAAUACCAGAACCCCAGGACCCACUGGUUUCACAGAAGACCAUAGCAAGCAGUGAGUUCCUCGACCCAAACCCUGGAGAGCCUGUACUCAGCAGAGCCGUUGGCGUACAACAAGGAACACAGCCAGAAUUAAAAUAACUCAGUUUCAUGUCUUGGCAGGAUCUUAAAAGAUCUCCCAGAGAAAACAGUCACUAGAUGUAUGGAGGAAAAGAAGGACAAACUAAAGCAAAAAUGUGUAGCUGAAUGGACAUUCAGUUUUCAGGAGGUUUUGCUACACCCUAGGAAGACAUGCUUGGAGGCUCAACAAAGGAUUCCUUUACCAAUUCAGUAACCUACUGAGUCUAAAAGCAAGCCAAUUCACAUAUUAAAAGAAUUCUGAUCCCAAAAGCCUAUUUUACACUCAGACCAAUAUUAAAUUUCAAAUGAGUGUUUAAAGUUUUUUUUUUAAAUAAAAUACACUCAAAGGCUCUGCAAAAAAUUUCUGGAAGAGUCCUCUCUCAGAAGAUGUUCUUCCCUUCCUCUCUUGGUUGUCAACCAUCCAGUGUCAAAGUAUUAGCUGACAGAGGAACCAAACCACUUACAAAUGACCAAAUAUGUGACUUUAUUGCUGCCAAGGUCGCAAAAUUUAGGUUGUCAAGAAAUAAUGCCCUGUUCACCAACAGAACUCCUGCGCAAACUGACUUCCUGCUCCAACCUGAAUCCAGCACAUCACAUUCCACCUUUAUUGUAUCCCCCCCCAAGACCUCCACCUCUGGCAACGACAAUGAACAUGAGCAAAGUUCUAACCCAACUGCCUUUCAGCGGCACACUGUCACAGUUGGACAAGGGCGUAAAGAAGACAGUUUGAGGACUGCAAAAUCAAGUUCUGAGGCAACUCCCCAGUCUGAUAAGAAAGUUUUCCAUCAAGCAUCUAGGAACCUGUGUACACCUGGCUUGGAGUUGCCAUGGAGCUGCCCAUAUUUCCACCAUCUGUUCGUUAUGAUACUUCUGAACCUACACUAGGAUUUUGUACAUGAGGCUCCUGUGUAUUAAUUUCCGAAGAAGAUUCACAAAACCUGUCAGGCCUUGCUUCCACUUGUGAGAAGGAUGACCAUAGCCCCAUGGUUCUCACCACCACUUGUGCCGGUUCCUAUAAUAAACUCUUAAAGGAGUCUGGUCUAACACCCACCGGCGGCUCAUCACAAAAAGACAAUAAGACUUUAAGUGACAAAGGUGGACAGACUAAGGUUUGUUGUGGUCUUGAAUGCUUCCAGCAGAAGAAAGGGGAUGCAAACAAAGAGAAGAAAGUGGUUGGUGGGGAAGGAGUGGCAGCCACAUCAAGGUCAAAUACAAUCAAAGAUGAGCCGAGUAAAGGUCAACAAGAUUCACACCUUACUUUAAAAAAUCAGUCUGUACAUUUCUUGCCAACAUUAUCAGCUAAUAAAACUGAUAGAGCAGACUCACCAGGUUCACACCAACAGAACUAUCAAGCACAAAGCAACACUGAUGGAACACCAGGUUUCCCAAUUCUAAUGGAUUUCCAGUAUGAUAAUAUUUUGGAUGUAGAAGAGCCAUUGAUGUUGACCACAAAGUUAGAACAAUAUGACGAUAUAAGUGAAGAUGAGAAUCAUUUUAGUAGAAAACAGGCUGGGAUGAUGGGAUAUACCCCACCUGUUUUAUCCGAGGCCAGCAGUAAAACAGUAGAAAACAUGCAAGGUGAGACUUUGAUCCAGUCUGGUUUUCAUGAGGAACUCAUACCAAACAAUAAAACAACACCAAAGUUAGACACAUUUGACGAUACAGAGAUCCACUCUUGUCAGUGUUCUGUUGAAACCACUAAUGAUUUGGAACAUCAUUUGUGUCCUAAGGGUGGUGAGAGGAGGAAUCACUUAUAUGACCCCUGCUCUGUUUUGAAUGAUGAAGUUGACAAUCAGUCUGAUGAGCAGGGGGAAGAAAGUGAGAACGAUGACUGGGAAGUGAUACCUGUAAGCAUAUUAGACCUUAAAUUUGAACCUGCCUCAGAAGAUGUGGUGCAAGGUGACUGUGAGUACGGACAAAAAGUACACCAAGGUGACCUAAGUGCAAGACAAAGUUUUGCUCUAAAGCCGGUACCAGCAUCUGCAUUUUCUAAGAUUGCUGUCUUUGACACGCCUGACGAUCAAGAACAAGCCAUCAGAUUUGGACAGCUUUCCUUUGUUGUGCCCUCCUGUGGCAGUCCUAAAGGAAAACCACAAAUGGACAGAAAAGAGUUAGGUUCCGAGUCUGAAGACAGUUGUGACACUGACAACAGUUCUACUUACUCAUCUGGUCCGGAAUGCAACUAUAUGACUGCGCCUAAGGAGCUGUUUAAGAGUUUUUAUAUACCUGUCCCAAGAAUGACUGAUCACUGUGUGCCAGACAAAGUGGACCCACAAACACCUCCUGGUCUUGAAAAAGUUCAAAACAUCAGUCCAGAUGAUUGUAUAAUUAGCCUUCUUGAUUCUGAUGAGGAAUUUGAUACACACUUCGAGACAAAAAGGAAGAAACGAUUGUCUCAAACGCCUGAGAACUUGGUUCUCCCUGGUUACAAACAACUAUUGGCUUCUCUAGAAAGCGAGGACAGUGAGUCAGAAGAAUGUGUGCUUGUUGAAGAUGAGGUCUCCAAACAAAAUGAUAAAAAUGUGAUUAUAUUGUCUGACUCGGAUGAUGAAGGCAGGGAAAACUACAAACAGGCAAAGAACAUUGUUACUGCAGACUCCGUAGAAUGUGGCAGAGCAGGUUCUCUUAGACAAUCAAGGAACACAGCAACUCCUGAAGAACCACCCCCUGUACUAAGACCGGGUUCAGUAGGCUUGUCUGAGCCCCAACACAUGUCCAAACCUGAGCAUCACAAGCAAAAGAUCAGCAUGCCAAGAGUGAGUUCCCAACAGUCUGACAGUCCCCUAAUAGAAGAUCUCACAAAACAGAGCGAGGUUGUCUCAUUAGAAGCAGAAGGUGGUGUUUUUCCAAAUGAUGCUGCAAAUGUUUUGGUCCCUCAAAGAAAAAAAUGGGAAAUGGCUCCAAGCAACCUAAAGCUCUCAUUAAAGGCAGACAACACAGUAACCUCUACAGUAAUUCCUCGCAUGUAUGUUAAUGAAUCUACAUCAGAUGAGCGACUAACACUUGUCAGUGAAUCUAGACACCCCAGGCAAGAUCCAUGUGAAACCAUGUCAAUGGUAAAGUCCUCCCCUGUAACCUCUACAAAUAUCCCGUUGAAAGAGAAGUUGCAGCUCUUUAUGAGAGACAGAUCUGUCUCCAUCCCUAAUGCUACAAAUGAAACCCAGAGGAGCUCAUUUAGACGCAUGAUGCAUGCAUCGACAUCCCAAUAUCAGAGGUCUUACUCUACCGACAGCCCUUCAACUCUGGAUCAUCCCUUCACUCCUACAAAGUUGCCAUCAGUCUUAGCUCCUGUGCAGUCCAUGCAAGGCACCAGCCAUGCAAGGAACAAAGUGUUCAGUGACUGGCAAAGACAGCACGUCCCCCUGCGUAGGGAGAAGAAAACAAAAAAUGGGACAAAGGGCUCAAGACGUCCUCUCUAGACUUGAACAGAUGUCAAAUGUUAAAUCAACACGGUGCACAUCCAACAGUGAGUGUUUCCCAGGUUAUACUAUACCUUAUAUAAGCAAGCCUGAGAAGAAGUGUAGAUCCUACCAACUGAUUGCUGUUACUCCUAGUGUGGCAUGUUAUAUAUAUAUAUAUAUAUAUUUUUUUUUCUUAAUUAAAUGUUUAGCAUUAAUUUGCGAGACACAUCACAUACGUGUUAUCUGUUUUAUCAGUCUCAUCAAUAUAUUGUGCACAUUUCUUAAGCAAAUGACUGCCCACUGUUCAGUUAUUUUUUUUUUUCCCUUGUACAUUUUUUUUAUUUCAAACUUGAUGUAAAUUUGUAGCUGCCUCACUCUGCUGUGCUUGUAUUCUCCCACUGGGUAAGCUGGCAGUAAAACAUUGUAUUUCUCAAUAAUGCUCUGUUGUUGAGGAUUUUGUGUUUCACACAGCUAAGCCAAUCAGCAAACAGGACCACAACAACUGAAACCUGGAGAAUAAAAGUUGUCUGUCCCCACGUU